CGCUACGCUCAGUCCUCGCUCAUCCGCCGCGUGCCCGAGUCGCCGCGCCUCGCACUCCGGAGGCCGAUGCUCCACGCACCGCGCGCGCACCUACCAAUAAAAAACAAUCGCCGCGAUGCCAUUACAACCGACCUAACCAUUCAAACUGAACCAAAAAAUAUGUGCAUUUAUGUACCCUGUUGUGUUGUGAAUUUUUGACGUCAAGUUUAUCGUAAAACCGCACGGUUCCACUUUCGGAGAUAGUGACGUAUGCGCCGGAGUGUGUCGGCGAGCUGAGCCAGCAGCCAGCAUGGACGCGGUAUGCGCGCGCGACGACGCGGCAUGCGAGAUGCGCGCGCUGGCCGCUGCGCUGCACUCCAUACACCUGUACUGCGCAACAGUCGCCGCCGCACUCAUAUGCUGCUGCGCUCCUGUGCAGCCGCAGUGGUAUGGGAGACGUUGGCGCGGGCAGAACGUGCGCGGCGUGGCGAGCGUGGCGCUGGGGGCUGCGUGGUGCUGCGGCGCGGCGGCGGCGUGCCUUCGCCCCGGCGACACCGUGCAACUGGUGGGCGCCGUGUUGGCCCCGCUAGCGUGGCUGGCCGCCGCCGCACUGCAUGUCGCCCUCUGGACCCGCCGCUCCGCCGCGCCCAUCCUCUACCUCGCCGUAUACUGGUUCCUCACUGCCAUCUCCUCCGCCGCCAUCCUCUGGCAACACCUUUCCACCGACCCCUCCCCCAAACACAUUGAACUCUACAUCCAAGGCGCAACGGUGCUCCUCGCUCUCAUCAUAUCGGUGGUCGACUGCAUCUGUUUUUAUGACGAGGUGACAAAACGUUCCCGGGGGCGACAGAAACCGUCGACCGAGACCAACACGACGUACAAGCAUCAUGACACGCAUUUUUUCUCCAAGAUAUCGUUUUUUUGGCUCAACACCCUGCUGCGUAAAGGAUAUGAGGCCCCGCUGGAAGAGGACGACCUGGGGGACCUGCCUGAAAGGGAACACUCCCAGAUAUACUACCAGAAGUUCUGCAGGGUGUAUAAAGAACAAGAGAAUUCGAAAACAUGUAAAGACGGUGUCAGUAUAUGGCGAUGCUACGUGAGAUUGGUCUGGCCAAACUUUUACCUCGCCGGCGUGAUGAAGCUGUUCAGCGACCUAAUAGGCGUAGUGCCUCCUCUUGGCCUCGCCAUUGUCAUUCAGUUCCUGGAAGCCCCGUCGCCAGCCGCAGAUACUACACACGUCACGCUUGAAGAGUUCUGCUCCAACGGCUACGUUAUGCUCCUGAUUAUAACUCUUGCGCUGAUUAGUCAAGCGUUUUUGUCUCAAAACUCAACGCACUUAGUUACGGUCGAGGGAACGAGGUUGAAGACGGCUUUGCAAGCAAUGGUCUACGACAAAUGCAUGCGGUUAGCGCCAUGGUCGGCUCCGGAGUCGGACGCGGAUGAAGAGUCGCCCUUACUCCACCCGGAUGAGGGGAUCACCACCCAGUCUGGGUUGCUAACCAACCUGGUCUCUCAGGACACCUACAACGUCAUGUCUUGUGUCUGGAUCAUACACUACAUGUGGGCCAUUCCGCUCAAGGUGGCAGUGAUAUUAUACCUACUCUAUACCAAAUUGGGAGCGAGUGCGAUAAUAGGUACCGCGGCGAGCAUACUGGUCAUAACCCCACUGCAGUUUUAUAUCGGAAAAAGGUUGUCCGACAACUCAAAAGAAAUCGCCAAAUGCACAGACCACAGAGUAUCCAAAAUGACAGAGAUUCUACAAGGGAUGAACGUUAUCAAGCUUUACGUCUGGGAAGAUUUGUUCAAGGAGAAAAUACUCAAUCUGAGAGAAGUGGAACUGAAAUUGCUAAAUAAGGAUUCAUUUUAUUGGAGUUUCUUGACAUUUACAACGCAAGUAUCAACGAUACUGGUAACAUUGAUUACUUUCACUGUAUAUUAUUUUCUGGAAAACAGUAAAGGACUGACUGCCGUUAAUGUGUUCGCUGGACUGGCACUGUUCAAUCAAAUGACGAUACCUUUACUGAUUCUACCAGUGACAGUGCUGAUGGUGAUUCAAGCUAUGGUUAGCACAAAAAGGAUCAAAGAUUUUUUGGAACUUCCAGAAUCGAAUAAUGUGAGAGAAGAUAAUUUUGAUCAUUCUGGUCAACGGAAGUGUUCGGAUGACUCCAAAAACGAGGCAGAUGAGGCAAUGCCAGAGGACGCGAGUGUUUGGGACGAAGAAGGGAAAGAAGGGCCGGAAACGGAAGAGCAGUCCUCAGAGGAUGAAAUGUCCGCUCUUGCGCAGAGCCAGGAGUAUCUAGUCAGAUUUAGAAACGCAGCAUUUUCGUGGGGAAUGAAAAGCGAUGCUCUGUUAGAAGUUGAUGAUUUAGACUUGCCUCCAGGUAAAUUGAUAAUGGUUGUUGGUGCCACUGGCUCAGGCAAGACUUCAUUACUAUCAGCUCUACUCGGAGAAAUGUAUUUGGAGAGAGGAGACGUUGUAUUUAAUGGGCAUUUUUCAUCAUGGUACGCGGGUCAGCCGCCCUGGUUGUUGGAGGGCUCCGUGCGAGACAACAUAGUGAUGGACAGCGCGUGGUGUCAGCGCCGCUAUGCCCGCGUGCUGCGCGCCACCGGCCUGCGACCAGACUUGCAGCUUUUACCUGAUGGGGACGCAACUCACCUUGGCAGUCACGGUGCGCCCCUCUCCGGAGGCCAGCGCGUGCGCGUGUGCGUGGCACGCGCGCUGUACUCGCGCGCACGACUGCUGGCGCUCGACGAGCCGCUCGGCGCGCUGGACGCACCGCUCGCCAGGCAUGUCGUGGCUCGCGCACUCGUCCCCGCCGCCCGCGCCGGUCGUACAGUUCUUGUUGCUACUAACCGCCUGGAGCUCCUGCAUUAUGCUGACAUGAUAAUAGCAAUGGAGGACGGCCGUGUGAACGGGUUCGGGCGGCCUGGCGCGAGCGGCGUGCUGGGCCGCUGGACGCAGCUGGCGGCGGAGGCGCGAGCGGCGGCGGCGCGAUCCGGCGCCGGCCCGCCCGGCGGGGCCGCGCGCGAGCGCUCGCGGCUGCUGCGUGCGCUCAGCCACACGCGCUUCCACAGACAAGUGUCUGAUGACGCUGCGGUGGGCAUCAGCGAGGCGACAGGCGCGCACUUGCUGGCGGAGGUGGCGACGGUGGCCGGCGGCAGCUGGCGGCGGCGCGCGUCGCUGCGGCCGCGACCCAAACUGUCGCGGCAGCUCUCCUCGCCGCCGCCCUCCAUGCAGAACUACAAGUGGCGUCGCGAGGUGCGUCGAGCAGUGAGCGCCGACGCGUCGAACACGGCGCUGCAGCGGGAAGCAAGCCUGUUGCGACGAUUGUUGCGUCCGCGCACAGGCACACACCGCACUCUCGCUAGGUGGACACCAAGAACCCUACGUCGGUUGAUUCAAGCUGAUUCCGAAACUCCUACAGAAAACCAAACAAAUGGGUCUGGCGAAGGGACGAGGUUGGACACAACGUUUGCGUCCAUCACGUCAAACGGCAUCGAGACCUCCGCCAUUGCCCCUGACAGCCCUCCAACCCUGAAAGAAGAUGCUGAACAGGAACCCUCUAUCAGUGAGUGCACGGUAUGGCGGGAGUACGCACGCGCAUGCGGGUGGUGGGGCGUGGCGUACUGCGCAGCCGCGGUGACGGCGCAGGCGCUGGGGCUGGCGGCCGACUGCUGGCUCACGUACACCACCUCUAGGAACGCCAGGGAGCCGCUUAAUGAUGACCAGAUGUGGUACAGCGUGUGCGUGUACGCGUUCUGGUGCGCACUGGGCGCAUGCGCGAUGCUGGCGUGCGGCGUGGCGGGCGCGGGCGCGGGCGCGGCGGCGCGGCGCGCGCUGCACGAGCGGCUGCUGCACGCCGUGCUGCGCGCGCCGCUGCAGCUGCGCCCGCAGCCCGGCCACAUGAUGUACCGGUUCUCUGCUGACGUGCUCGUCAUUGACAAGAAACUUCCGACGGCGAUGAGCCGGUGGGUGCAGUUAGCGCUUGUAUGCAGUGCGGCGCUGCUGGUGAACGCAGUGGCCGCGCCCUGGAGUCUGCUGGCGUUACUGCCCGCACUCGCACUGUAUCUGACGCUGCAGAGCGUCUACCUGACAAACGCGAGAGAAUUGCAAUGUGCGGAGGCGCGCAGCGCGGCGGGCGUGGUGUCGCUGUGCGCCGAGACCAGCGCGGGCGCGGGCACGGUGCGAGCCGGCCGCCUGCAGCCGCGCAUGCGCGCCGCCUUCCUGCGCAGGCUCGAUCACAAUCAUAACGCGUUGCUGCUUCUUAAUGCCUCUAAUAGGUGGCUUGGUCUUACUUUAGACUUAGUAGGAGCGGGCAGCGUGUGCGUGUGUGUGGGCGUGGCGCUGUGCGGGGGCGGCGGCGAGGGCGGCGCGGUGGCGGGGCUGGCGGGCGCGUACUCGCUGCUGGUGCCCGCGUACCUCGCGCACCUGGCCAAGGCGCGCGCCGACCUGCAGCUGCAGCUGGCUGCGGUAGAACGACUGCUCGUCGACGCUAACGCCCCGCAGGAGGAUUACCGGGAUGAUUGCCCACUGCCAGCGGGCUGGCAAAGAGACGGCAAGAUUGAGUUCGACAACGUGAGCGUCCAGCACGAACCCAGCACGCCAGUCGUGCUCAACAAUAUUAGCUUCUCUGUAGCUCCUGGAGAAAAGGUCGCCGUCUGCGGCCGUAGCGGAAGCGGCAAGUCGACUCUCCUGUUGUCUUGCGUCGGUGCAACCACGAUACGUUCCGGCCGGGUGCUCAUAGAUGGCGCUGACGCGUCGCGCGUGCCGCUGCGAGCUCUAAGACAUCGCGUCGUGGUUUUACCGCAAGAACCUGUCAUGUUCUCUGGAACGCUGAGAGAGAACUUGGAUCCUCUGGCCGUCCAUACUGAUGAGGAAAUCUGGGCGAGUCUAAGAGCCGUGGGGCUGUACGAGUUCGUGACUGCACAGCAUGCUGGGUUAGAGUGCGUGGUGGGGCGGUGGUGGCGCGGCGGCUGCGGCUGGAGCGUGGGGCGCGCGGCGCGGGCGUGCGCGGCGCGGGCGGCGCUGCACGCGCGGCUGGCGGCGGCGCUGCUGCUGGACGAGCCGGGCGCCGCGCUCGACGCGCCCGCCGACCGCGCGCUGCUGGCAGCGCUGCGGGCCGCGCACCCCCACACCACCGUGCUCACGGUGGCCCAUCGAGUAUCGUCAGUACGAGGUUACGACCGCGCCAUGGUGCUGGAGGAGGGUCGCGUGGCGGAGCAGGGCGCGGUGCCCGCGUUGUUGUCUGUGCCCACCUCCCGCCUCGCGCGCCUGCUGGCUGCCGCCGCCUCCGCCCACCACCACGUCUGAACUUCUCAAGACUGCACUAGUAGCUACCGUCAUAUGUAGUCUAGAGUAAUUUAGAACAUUCUAGAUACUCGCGUGCAGAACGCGGUUGUUGGUUGAUUGAAGCCUGGAUGAUGUCCUAAGAAAACCCCCAAAUACAAUGAAAAUUGUCAGGCAGAAGUGUUAGAAACGAAUUCAAAUCCUAACUCCUUUUUUUGACAAUGGGUCAUAAAUGACCAACGUAUGCGAAAGGAAAAGUUAUUCGGAGUCCAUCGCAAGAGGUGCUAAUGGCGGUAAAAUUUAUUUCGUUACAGUUUUUUGUAUAAAUUAUCAGUGUCCGAUUCAGGCCAUUGCGAAUAACAACAUAAUUUCACAAAUAAUACCCAAUACCAAAUUGUAAAAUCACAAAUAUGUAGGUAUAUUAAUGGAAAAUUAAUAACGAAUGAUUUCGUAAUCGUAACAAGUUAUAAAACGCUUACAUUGAAAUAAAACGUACUUUAAGGUUUGUAAAACACAUUACGUUAUUGUAAGUGGAAUUGGACCAUUGUAUUUAAGGACCAGUAUUUAAUUAAUUCUAAGCAUGACGCGACGUACUUUAUACUGUACUUUUACAAAUGUAUUUCUCAUGAUAAUAUUGACUGACGUAAGUUUUCUGUGUGCAUCGUUCCAGCAGCGCCACGGUCUACGGUUUUCUUACUAUUUAUUUACUGAAUAACAUGAAAAUUAUACUUUUCACUGGAGUUAUAUGGAUGGUUUUGUGGCUUCAACAUGUACGUACAUAUCGGAAACUAUGGCGCUGUUGGAGCGAUACACACACAUUUGCUCAUUGCGAGUGAUUUUUAGAUAAGAAUCGAUAUUAAUAACUCGAAUGUUUAUUUAAAUUUGACAUAAAGCAAUCUCAUAAUAAAUGGUGUAUUUAUACGUAGAGCUACAUUCAAGACGGGAAUGAAACCGCGCAUUAUUGAGAGCUCGCUCGACCUUGACUGGACCGCUACAAGAUAGCCCCACCAAUUAGCAGACACUAUUGUGUACCUUGUAUCGUAAGUAUGACCACAGUGGACAUGUGACUGUAUACCUUGUUGAUUUAGAAUAAAUAAUUAAAGAACACUUGUUUGAUUCCAAA